UCAGGGUCUCUUGAGGUGGUGUUCAUCAGGAUGUGUCGUGCCUUUGACUCUCAGAACAGCACCGUCUACUUCGAUGGGAAGUACGCUGGGACCGACGUCUUCAAAGCAUUAGGUUGUGACGAUCUGAUUCGCUUAGUCUUUGAGUUUGGGAAGAGUAUGUCUGUCAUCCAUCUCUCUGAGGAGGAGAUCGCUCUCUUCUCCGCGUACGUCCUGAUGUCUGCAGAUCGGACGUGGCUUCAGGAGAAGGUGAAGGUAGAGAAGCUACAACAGAAGAUCCAGCUGGCUCUCCAACAUGUCCUUCAGAAGAACGGCAGAGAGGACGUGGUUCUCACUAAGUUGAUAUGCAAAGUGUCGACCCUGCGGGCGUUAGUCAGCCGGCACACAGAGAAGCUGACGGCCUUCAAAGCAACCUACCCAGACGUUGUCCAAGCCCACUUCCCUCCACUAUACAGGGAGCUGUUUGGCUCAGACUUUGAACAGGUCUCCAUGUCCAUAGACGGCUAGCCGAAGACCCUGUCGGUGACCUACCGUACUGUAUCUGCCCUGUACUGUAGUUUACGUCAUGGAGCCAGUGUUGAUCUUUGGGAGACAGAGAGACACGUUGAAUGAGAGACACUCAGACAGUGCCUUGGUCCUGGCUCUAACUUGCUCUUACCUGGACAGACACCCAACAUUUCUCUGUUCAUGUUCGUCUGUCUUCUCCUCUGUGUCCUCCUGGAUCAUGAGUUGGUUGGGAGGUUUCUGGGAGGAAAAAAAAACAUUCAAGCACUUAGAAAACCAACAGCCUUUCCUCUCACAACAACAAACCUAUUGGGAUGGGGAGAGGAUUUAGUCACAACCCUUACCUAUGGACAACGGUGUGAUGGGGAGAGGAUUUAGUCACAACACUUACCUGUGGACAACGGUGUGAUGGGGAGAGGAUUUAGUCACAACACUUACCUAUGGACAACGGUGUGAUGGGGAGAGGAUUUAGUCACAACCCUUACCUAUGGACAACGGUGUGAUGGGGAGAGGAUUUAGUCACAACACUUACCUGUGGACAACGGUGUGAUGGGGAGAGGAUUUAGUCACAACACUUACCUGUGGACAACGGUGUGAUGGAGAGAGGAUUUAGUCACAACACUUACCUGUGGACAACGGUGUGAUGGGGAGAGGAUUUAGUCACAACACUUACCUGUGGACAACGGUGUGAUGGAGAGAGGAUUUAGUCACAACACUUACCCAUGGACAACGGUGUGAUGGGGAGGUGGUGUGGAGUACUGCACCCCUUCGGGUUAACAUCACCUUCAAAGCCAUCUGCUAUUCAACCUUCACAACAGGAAGAGGAAGUCACCACCACAACAAUAACAGGGUGUCUGUCCCAAAGUGCACCCUAUUCCCUACGCAGUGGACUACUUGUAAGAAGGGGAUCUGGUUAAAAGUAGUGCCCUAUGUAGGGAAUAGGGUGCCGUUUGGCAGAUCAAGGUGUCCCAUUCCACCUCUUUCCGAUGUCCUACAGGGUGUUACCAUGCUCAUAAUAAGUACAUACUAUAUUGAGAAAUUAAUCAAUGUUUUACAAUCUAUUUGUGUUGUAGCUUGUAUCUCUCCCAUUUGUUCCAAUUGACGAGCCACUUUUACUGACACCUGUCUCUGAGUUAAUGAAUGAAUCGUGUAUUGUCCACACCUGUCCCUGAAUUAAUUAAUGAAUAGUGUAUUGUCCACACCUGUCUCUGAGUAAUGAAUGGUGUAUUGUCCACACCUGUGUCUGAGUUAAUGAAUGAAUAGUGUAUUGUCCA